GAGCAGGACGCAGCGAUGCCCGACUCCCCCGCCGAGGUGAAGGCACAGCCCCGGGCCACGCCACCCGCCAUGCCGCCUCCGCCACCCGCCGCCUCCCAGGGGGCCACACGGCCCCCGUCCUUCACACCACACACAGAUCGAGAGGACGGGCCCACGCCGGCGCUGCCCCACGGCCGCUUCCACGGCUGCUUAAAGUGGUCAAUGGUCUGUCUUUUGAUGAACGGCAGCAGCCACUCACCGACAGCCGUCAACGGUGCCCCGUCCACGCCCAACGGCUGCAGCAAUGGCCCGGCCACCUCGUCCACGGCCUCGCUGUCCACGCAGCACCUGCCCCCGGCCUGCGGGGCACGGCAGCUCAGCAAGCUCAAGCGCUUCCUCACCACGCUGCAGCAGUUCGGCAGCGACAUCUCCCCCGACAUCGGGGAGCGCGUGCGCACGCUGGUGCUGGGCCUGGUGAACUCGACGCUGACCAUCGAGGAGUUUCAUUCCAAGCUCCAGGAGGCCACGAACUUCCCGCUGCGGCCGUUUGUCAUUCCCUUCCUGAAGGCAAACCUGCCCCUGCUGCAGCGGGAACUCCUGCACUGCGCCCGCCUGGCCAAGCAGACGCCCGCCCAGUACCUGGCCCAGCACGAGCAGCUGCUGCUGGACGCCAGCGCCUGCUCCCCCACCCACUCCGCGGACCUCCUGCUGGACGUCAACGACAACGGCAAGAGGAGGACGCCUGACAGGACCAAAGAGAACGGGUCGGACCGCGACCCCCUGCUCCCCGAGCACCUCAGCAAGCGGCCGUGCACCCUGAGCCCCGCCCAGCGCUACAGCCCCAGCAACGGGCUGCCCCACCCCACGCCGCCCCUGCACUACCGCCUGGAGGACAUGGCUGUGGCCCACCACUUCCGGGACCCCUACCGGCCCCCCGACCCCCGUGACCUGCGGGAGCGCCAUCGGCACCUCGUGCCUGGGUCCCGGCAGGAGGAAGUGAUCGACCACAGGCUCACAGAGCGCGAGUGGGCGGAAGAGUGGAAGCACCUCAACAACCUCCUGAACUGCAUCAUGGACAUGGUGGAGAAGACGCGGCGCUCGCUCACGGUGCUGCGCCGGUGCCAGGAGGCCGACCGCGAGGAGCUCAACCACUGGGUCCGGCGCUACAGCGACGCCGAGGACGUGAAGAAGGGCCCUGCGCUCGCCGCCGCCCGGCCCCUCAGCAGCUCCGCCGGCCCCGAAGGGUCUCAGCUAGAUGUCCACCGGGAGUUCAUGCCUAGGACCCUCUCUGGCUACAUGCCUGAGGACAUCUGGAGGAAGGCCGAGGAGGCUGUGAACGAGGUGAAGCGGCAGGCCAUGUCGGAGCUGCAGAAGGCCGUGUCGGACGCCGAGCGCAAGGCCCACGAGCUCAUCUCCACAGAGCGCGCCAAGAUGGAGCGGGCCCUGGCCGAGGCCAGGCGGCAGGCCUCCGAGGACGCCCUGACCGUGGUCAACCAGCAGGAGGACUCCAGCGAGAGCUGCUGGAACUGCGGGCGCAAGGCCAGCGAGACAUGCAGCGGCUGCAACGCGGCGCGCUACUGCGGCUCCUUCUGCCAGCACAAGGACUGGGAGAAGCACCACCACGUCUGCGGCCAGAGCCUGCAGGGCCCCGGGGCCGCGGUGGCCGACCCGGUGCCUGGACAGCCCGAGGCCAGCACCAGCCUGGACCCCUCCCUGCCCGUGGGCGCUGCCAGUCCCAGCGAGGCCGGCUCUGCGGGGCCCUCCCGCCCCGGCUCCCCCGGCCCACUGGACGCCGUGCCCCGCUGACCCCUCCCGGCCCCCGGCCUGCUGGACACAGCACCCGCCAAGCCCACCCAGCCCGGCCCUGGGGAGCCGGCCGAUCGGAGUCACUGCUGCUACUGCCUCUCUCCAAAGGAAGACACCGAACCAACAAAACCUGCGUUCAAUGCAACUCCUCGGCUGCCUGACAGCGCACGCAACGACCUCCCGACCGACAGCCCCUCUCUUCGCAAGCGUCCUCGGAAACCUCCGACUGAGCUGGAGAUGGCCGGGCGCGUGCCGCAGGCGUGACGGCUCUGCGCACGCUCACGCCCUGUCGCUCCCGUUUUCCUACCUGUGUGACUGCCACACGUUUCCUCUUGAAUGAAAAAAUCUAACUGGAGGCUUCUAUUUUCGGCGAAGAGUUUUCGGGGGUUUUGUUUUGUUGGCAAAAGAGCUACUCAGAUAAACGGACAAAGAAAACUGUGGGGUCCCUCCUUCCCGAUUCAAAGGGGAAAAAGAAAACUGUUAUUUUGUAGCCGGAGACCUGGACACGGCGCCGCGCACCCGAACCUCCCCGGGGCGCGUGGCGGACGCAGUGAAGACGGUAGGAAAGAUUGCGGUUUCCGACUCAAGAAGCAUUUUUAGUUCCAGAUUUUCUUUUUCCUUUAAGGUUAAACUCUUUGGCUUUAAGUAAAAAUCCAAAAAGUUUUUUAAAAAAAAGCAAAGGAAGCACACCUGCAACUACCUUGCUAGCUAGCCACCCAAGGAUGCCGGACUCACCUCGCCGCAAAGACCACCCAAAAAGCAAACACAGGAAGUCGAGAUCCAAAACGUCUCUGUCACUGCCAAAGUAUCUUUUCACUGUUUCCCUCCUCCCUUGGGUUUGUUUGGAUGUUGGUCUCUUUCUUUUAUUUUGUUUCGAUUUUGCUCGUGGUGUGUUGGGACGUUGGCGUCUGGAGGGUUCGUACCCGACAAGAAGCAACUUCCGUUUCCUUGUGGCGAUUCUGCCACGCGGCACCACAUGUGCCCGCGUGUCCCCGUGUGUGGGGGGGAGACCCCUCCGUCUGUCCUCACGCCCUCUGUGACUUUUCAUGUUUCAUUUUUCCACUCGUGGAAAAGAAGUGCUGAAGUUUUCCUCCCAGAGAGAGCAAAAUUCCGAAACAAACUGUGACAAUCUUUUGGGCUGAUUCUUCCCCGCUCUGCAAGGCAGGAGGAGAUGGCGGCCUCUCUGUGUCCUCCUCUACCUCUGUCCCUCCGCUGCCGCCGGGCCCCGCCCCGCCCUCGCCACCCGGCCGGCGUCUGACCGCGGCCACUGUCCUCCUUCCAAACCUCUGCAGAAGAACAGAAGUACGGAAGGCCAGCCGUCUCCCGGCCGGCGAGGACCGAGGGGCGUGCGGAACCUUGGCGCCUGUCCAGGUGCUCUUCCGGGCGACCGCCUCCUGCCCUGGGUGUGUCAGGUGACACUAGUCCCCCGACGUUGUCCCUGCCCACCCUCCCUCCCCCGCCUGCCUCCCUCCACGAUGCCAAGGAGGAAAUGAAGGGAUGAAGUUCACGCUCGCACCGAGCAGAAGCCCUGGCAGUUCUGUGCGUGCGAAACGGUCCCGGACCCAGUGCAAUACGCGUGACCAGCUACUGACCCGGCCCCCGCAGCCCCGCGCCGGCCGGGAGUCCCUGGGGUGCGUUACUGUGAAUGUACAUAGUCUCCGUCCGCAGAGGCCCAAAUGCUGAUGCUCAUGAUGAUGAUGAAGAGAUGUUUGCCAAAUAAAAAAAAAAAAAAAAAAAAGAAACCGCAAAGUAUGUGAAGUUUAGGAGGUAGAUUUUCAAAGAAGUCUGAACUGUGUUCCUGUGGGAGCCGUGGUUUGUCUGGUGGUUGUUUUUUCACCGUUGUAAAAAUUCUCCCUUUGAGCGUCUCGCGGAAGGACCCCAUCGGGUCGGCACCAGCCGGCGCUGUCGGAACCAGGCCCGGCCGCGGGAGCCUCACGCCGACAGCCGAGACAGAGACCUGGCCCUCCCGGGAGUCCCUGGCCCCGGCGCCCCCUCCGUGCCCGCCGAGCUCCCGGGGGUUUGCCUCUGUGGGUUUCGGAGCAGCAAGGACCGGUCUGGGGCCCUGGCUCUCGGGUAAACAGCGGGAGGCCGCCUGCAGCCACUGCGGUGUGGACGUGCCUGUGCCCACGGAGACCCACCUUCCUCCCAGCGUCCCCGACCGUCCCCGUACCCUUCCAGGGGGCAGGGCAGUUGGCCACAGGCGUUGAGCACCACCGAGGAGCACAGUCGGGUGCUCAGAGGUCGUGCGGUCCCCCUGGCUGCGCUGGUGAACGGAGGCCUCUGGAGAGCACCUGGCCCUCAGGUGAGGGGACCCGGGGCGGCUUCCCUGGUGACUCAAGUCCCCCGACGUCACGGCCCGCUCAGGGGGCGAGUCCCGGAGAUUCACGCGUCUGCUUUGCGGGAAAAGCCACCCCUUGUCCCUCUCAGCUCACCGGGUCCCUCCGUGGGGACAACAGGUGGAGCGGGGACAGUGUCACGGACUACAAGGCUGCCGGGGGGCGGGCCCUCCCACGCCAGCUGCUGGGAAGAGGCCGUCCCCACCCCGACUACUAAGUGCCGAUUGCCCAGGUGACUGCCACCCGCGCCAAGGACACCACCGGCCGGACCCUGGAAACCUGUGAGGGGCCGGCCAGAGCCCGCAGCUGAGAGCUGCACAGAACUGGGUCGGCAACGAGAGGGGGUGGGGGGCUUGCAGUGGGGAAACUGAGGCCUGGAGGCCGCAGGAGGGACGUCCUGCAGUGCGCCAUGUCAGGGUGGCUGGGGGGGACCAGGCACGUGAAGCGAGGAGCCCCUCCCGCCCAGGGGCUCCGGGCAAGGCCCCGGCCCCACCUCACGCUGGGAGCGGCCUAUCGGUCUCUGUGCUCAGGCCAAAGACCUCACGGUGGAACCAAAUUCGGGGUCCUUAGCUUUGGGGAGGGGAGGGGACAGGCGGCAUGUUUGCAUUAGGACUUGUCCGACUGGUGGACGUACAUGCGUGUGCUCGUGGGUUCGACCUGUGGUCUGCGCCUGGGGCCAGCUGCCUUCCUGCUGCGGGGCAAGGAGGGGCCACACCUGGGUGGGAGAGCCGCCCCGUCGCUGCCUCCUGCCUGGGGCCCACCUGCCCGGCCACCCCCAUGAGUUCCGCGGGACGCGGCUGCCCACACAGCCUCCCCAAACCCCAGACCAAAACCUCAGCUUUACCUCCUGCUCUGAGGCCAGAGCCGCGAGGAGGCCCCUCAGCCUGUCCCACCCGGCCCUCCUGUCCCACCCGGCCCAGACCCGCCUUCCUCCGUCCUGGCAGUGCCUGGCAGACGUUCUUCCUGCCACCCACCCAGGGGCUCCGUCCAGGCCAGUCUUCCGACCUGAGCUCAGGCAGGGCCAGGGUCUCCCAGGCCACACCCAGACACAGGGUGGGGGUGGGGUGGCUGGACACACCCCGUCCCCAGGCAAGACAGCCACCCCCUCCCCUCCUCGUCCUGAGGCCUGGCCCACCCCCCGCCCACCCAGGACUGACUGCUCUCCCAUCUUGCACACUCCGACCCACCCCGGCCCUGGCUUCCGCCUGUGCACUCAGGCCUCCGUCCCAGCCACCACGCCAGCCCACGCGUGUGCAUCUGCGUCCUCCCGGCUGCACACAGCAUCCCUCACCCAGCCCCCCCACCCCUCCAUCCCUGGACCUAGGGCAGGGUCGCCAGCUGCCGCCAUGUGCUGGUCACAGGGCCACUCCGGGUCCUGCCGGGCCUUGACCAUGUGCUAGCGGAGCUGCCUGUGGGGAUGACGACCCCUGCGGUCCCCGGCCGCGGUCAGGCCUUCGCCAAACACCUGCAGGGACAGACCAGUUCCCACUGCAGGCCUUGCGGGCAGGUUGGACCAGGGGCCUAGCAACAGCUCCAGCCAAUCCGGGCCCGCCUGGAGGGAGCGGGGGCCGGGGGCCAGGACUGCCCUGGGCGCCGGCCACACACCUGCUUGGGGCACUGUGACCGAGGCUGCCAGGGUGUACACAUUCCCUGGCAGGUCCUCGACACUGCAGGGCCGGCCACCCUCUCUGCCUCCUGGUCUCCAGGGGUCAGUGCCUGGAGGAGGCGUCCCAGGAAGGGAGGGAGCCGGUGCUGGCUUCCCCCCCAGCACCAGCACUCCCGGAGCCCUGCUCCUCCUGGUCCUGGGGUCCCAGAUGACUCAGAGUUGAGCCCUGCAGAUCUGAGCUCGGGGACAUCUCGGGGACAGGCCUGCCCAGCUGCUCUGCAGACCCGCAAGGCCCGCCCCCUCCCGCACCUUCAGGGCGGGGCCGGGAGGGGAAGACACGGGAGGGGCAGAGGCGGCUGCACCCCAGGGGACCACCUGCCCGUGCAGGUGCCUCACGAUGAGGCCGGGCGGCUGGCGCUGGUCACACCCCGCACUGUCUCCUAGAGCUCCUGGGUGACAGAGUCGACAUCGGUACUCAAAGUGAAGCCGAUUUUUAAAUAUUUAAGUGAAGGCAGCGGGCACCUUGCCGCCCGCUGGACGAGGGGCCCACGCUCACCUGCAAGGGCAGGGGGUCGGGCAGGGGUCAGGCCAGGGGGCCGGCCACCGCCGCGCACAGCCUGGUGGGAAAGGGCUUCUCCCCUACUUCCUCCUCUUUUCUGUAAACAUCUCCAAAGGGGCCGAACUGCUAGUCGGGUCGUUUCCCGUCCGGGGUCUCCGUGGGAGCCGCACCUGCAGCCGCCCGUGCAGGUGUCAUGGGUGUGGCCCCCGAGGUACUGUACCUGUGCCCUGUGGACGCAUAAGACGUGUAUCAGCUUCCCUGUCUCUGUGGAAUAAAGCGAGCGUUUGCUAC